UUGUAUCUCAUUUCAUCAUUUGAUUGUUCUAAUAAGAAUAAUAUCUUCUUUCAUUCUUAAUUUCUUUAAUUUUAGUAGUAUAAUUGUUACUAAUGGGUUCAGAAACCUCAAGAUCAGCAGCUUUACUACUCUUGAUUAUCAAUCUAGUCCUCUAUGUCAUUAUUAUGAUAAUUGCUGCUUGGGCUGUAAAUCAUGGAAUCGAAAAAUCCCAUGAACAAGCUUCUAUACUACAAACUCCUGCAAGAAUAUUCCCAAUCUAUUUUCCAAUGGGAAACAUGGCUACUGGAUUCUUCAUCAUUUUCUCUCUCCUAAUUGGAGUUAUUGGCAUAACGACGUCGCUUCUUGGAAUGCUUAAUGUAAUGCAAUGGACUGUUGCUAGUUUGUAUGCUGCUUCUACCUCUUCUUUGGUGACAUGGGCUCUCACACUUCUUGCCAUGGGAUUGGCUUCUAAGGAAAUUGAUAUUGGAUAUACGGAUUCUAACUUGAGGACUUUGGAAGUAAUUAUGAUAAUUGUGAGUGGAACACAAUUGCUUUGCACUGGUGCAAUCCAUGUUACUGCUGAAGAUGUUUAUGGAACUGCAAGGAGGAUGCUUGGUGGUAGAGUGUAAAUUUGAUCAAGCAUGUAAUUAUUUUUUCUUUUGAAAUUUUUAAAAAAUUUAGUUAUUCUAUGUAACCAUUAUUUUCUUCUUGUAAAUGUGAGUGUUACUAUGAUGAGCUUUAUAAAAGAGCCAUCAGUCACAAAAUUUCUUAAAAAAAAUAAUGUAUAACCGUUUGGUGUUUA